AUGGCCCAAAACGGGGGCGGCGGUAACAAUAACAACAGUAAUGGCGGUGGUGGUACUAAUAACAGCAACGGUGGUGGGGGAAACAACAACAAUGAUAAUGGUGGCGCCCGUGGUGGAGGUAACAACAGCACCAACAAUAAUAAUGUUGGUUGCCGUGGCGGUGGCAACAACAAUAACAAUAAUGGUGGUGGUGGUAACGGCGGCAGUGGUAACAAUAACAACAAUAAUGGUGGUGGCCGUGGUGGCGGUAACAAUACCAAUAAUGGUGGCGGUUGUAACAAUAACAACAAUAAUGAGGAGUUGCAGCCUCACCCGGUGAAAGAGCAGCUACCCGGUGUUCAGUAUUGUGUCAACAGCCCUCCGCCGUGGCCGGAAGCUGUGAUGCUGGGUUUCCAGCAUUAUCUGUUGACUCUUGGUAUUACUGUCUUCAUCCCAACUAUGUUUGUUACUCAAAUGGGCGGAGGCAAUGUAAGGAUUUCAUUACUAAAAGCCAGAGUUGUGCAGACCAUGCUGUUUGUUUCAGGGUUGAACACAUUGUUGCAAUCUCUGUUUGGUACCAGGCUUCCUACAGUGGUGGUGGGUUCAUAUACAUAUAUAAUCCCCACAACUUCAAUAAUCCUAGCCAAUAGAUAUAAGGCGUUCACAGAUCCUCAUGAGAGGUUUUCGGAGACAAUGAGAGGUAUACAAGGCGCUCUAAUCAUCACUUCCUGUUUUCAGAUGAUUGUGGGUUUCCUGGGGCUGUGGAGAAACGUUGUAAGGUUUCUUAGCCCUCUUUCGGUUGUCCCAUUCAUAACUUUUGCCGGACUCGGGAUCUACAAUCUUGGUUUCCCUCUGUUGGCGAGGUGUGUUGAACUUGGGCUUCCAGAGUUGAUCAUCAUGGUUUUCAUCUCACAGUUUCUUUCUCGUUUCAUACAUACAAAGAAGCAAAUCUGCCACAGAUUUUCCGUGCUGUUCUCUGUUGCAAUUGCAUGGCUGUUUGCGCAAAUUCUAACCUCAAGUGGAGUGUAUAACAACACACCAACAAGUACUCAGAUUAGUUGCCGCACUGAUCGUUCUGGCCUCAUUGGUGCAGCUCCCUGGAUAUAUAUUCCGUAUCCAUUUCAAUGGGGGAGCCCGACUUUUAAUGCUGGAGAAGUUUUUGCAAUGAUAGCUGCUUCUUUUGUUUCGAUCUUUGAGUCCUCUGGUACAUUUUUUGCUACUGCAAGAUACGGAAGUGCCACGCCCGUACCUCCUUCUGUCACAGGCCGCGGCGUUGGCUGGCUGGGUGUAGGAGUGCUACUUAAUGGGAUGUUUGGUUCUCCAACUGGCACUACUGCAUCAGUGGAAAACGCUGGUUUAUUAGCAUUGACAAGAGUUGGAAGUCGAAGAGUCGUCCAAAUAUCAGCUGGUUUCAUGAUUUUCUUCUCUAUAUUUGGAAAAUUUGGAGCACUUUUCGCUUCUAUUCCAACACCGAUCAUAGCAGCUCUUUCUUGUGUCUUAUUUGGCUACGUUGCUUCUGCAGGCCUUGGUUUUCUCCAAUUUUGCAACCUCAACAGCUUCAGAACGAAAUUCGUGCUAGGCUUCUCUUUCUUCAUGGGAAUUUCAGUACCACAAUACUUCCGAGAGUACAGGUCCGACCAUACUCAAAGCGGGCCUAGAUGGUUAGAGGACAUGGUGAAUGUGAUCUUCAUGUCCCACACAACGGUAGCUGCACUUGUUGCCCUAAUCUUAGAUUGCUCUUUGUCCCGUGACAACGAUGCAGCUCGAAAAGACAGCAGUUUAAACUGGUGGGAGAGGUUCGGUUUAUAUGGUUCAGAUGUUAGGAACGAUGAGUUCUACAAACUGCCCUGUAGAUUGGACAAGUUCUUCCCAUCCUUUUGAGUCCAUAAAACUACUGCCUCAAA